AUGUCUUCUAGAUACGCAGCGGCAAAGACAUGCGUCUUCUGGAACGUGGAGGAUUGCCCAAUCCCAAGUGGCCUCGAUCCAGUUUCGGUUGCUAGGAACAUCAAAUCAGCUCUUGCGAAAAAGGGUUUUCUCGGUGAGGUCACCAUCAGAGCUUACGGUGACAUGUAUCAGAUCCCAGAUUACUAUCAACCCGCCGGAAUCAAACUCGAACGCCACGGAGAUAAAUCUGCUAGAUUUAUGAGUAUGAAUGGGGAUUUUUUCCUGUGGCUAUUAGAGAAUGGAGAAUCGACGAAUAUGAUGGUGAUAUCAGGCGAUCACUCUGAAUUUGCGCAAUCUCUCAAAAGUUGUACAGCAGCAAACAACAACAUUCUCUUGGCACAACCUGAAGACGCACCAAGAAGAUGUUCCAGCUGCAGAAUGUUUGUCCCGUAUGAAUGGACUUGGGAAAGCUUAUCAGCUGGAGGAGACCCUAUCCCCAGAGCUCCUUAG